GUUUCUGAGUCAGUGCAGGGGGAGAGCCUCGAAGUCGGUGGUCCUUGUUCCCGCUGAUCUGUUGCGAGUCCAGCGAAAUGAUUGCGGUCCGACUGGUGCAGUCAGCUGUUCUGGUGUCCCUGCUGGUGGCAUUUCCGGCUUGUGUCACGACUUCUGAAAACACGAAUGAAAUACUGGCGUCCAUUCUUUCCUCCCCUGGGGAUUCCCUUACACGAGAACAAAGCAUAAGCAAACGCACCAUGUCGUUCAGUUCUUGCACGGGUGUCUACGACCGCGAACUCCUUGUAAGGCUCGACCGCGUGUGCGAAGACUGCUACAACCUCUACCGCGACGUUGGAGUGGCGGCCGAAUGUAGGAGUAACUGUUUCCACAACGAGGUGUUCCUGUACUGCGUGGACUACAUGUUUCGGCCUCGCCAGAGGAACCAGUACCGGGCCGCCCUGCAGAGGCUCGGCAAGUAGGCGGGUCCAUCCGGCCAGCUCUUCCGCACGGGCGCUCGCUGUGAGACUUUCUGAAUGACCAGACUCUAGGCUCUCCUUCGUUUGUCUCUGUACCCUAAGUUAGAAGCUGACACCAUAUUGACGCCGAGGUGUCUUCAUAAAGCAU